CUACAGCACCUUGCUGCGAUCAUGGCCUAUGCCCUUCACCGUCCGGCCAUCGAAAUGCGAUCGCAUUCCCGGACCCAUUUCGCCUGCUGCUGUUCGACUUUCCCAUCCCGUCGGCUGCCUGCAUCCGUCCACCACACGUGCACUUGUACACACCCGUCCCACACGUCCGCCCGAUUACCAGACGAAGCUCUAGCCCGGUCCACGAUCACUUGUCUCGCCCGUAUCUUCUCCUUUCUGUUCUCCCCUUUGGAUCUGCUCUUCAAACUCUUAGAGUUGCGGGUACCGAAAUGGCCUUGGCCUGUGAUCUCGAUCUCUUACGUGCACUACUCCUAAAGACUGGCCAGUUGCCUACCAAAUGGUUCCCAAUGUCUUCGUAGAUUCUCUCCACGAUCACUGCCUCCCCUUCGUCUUUCACCAACUUCAACCAUUUUCACCGUAUUGAAAUCUGGAAGAUGCUGUGCCGCCCCGAACAGGUCCCUUCUUCCUCCCCGACCCCUGGUUCCCAGUCCACAACCAUGAACCCCUGGGAAUCAUGUGCUCUCGAGUACCGCUUCACGCAGCAGAAUGGCAGGUCAAGAGAGGCACAAGUUGCACAGUGCACCGAGGCAUCCACAACCUCUGAUCCUCUGAUUUACCCCGGGCUCUACGCCCCGAGCGGCCUGGACGUCAUGUCAGUCCUGUUCCGCAUCUACGCCAGGCCGAACCCGCAAAUCGACCUGGGCCCUAUCGACUGCUCCGUCGCCCUCCUCGUCUGUGACCUGGCACUGCCCGACGCCCCCAUCGUCUACGCCUCAGACCCCUUCAUGGAGAUGACCGGCUACCGCAUGAGCGACAUCAAGGGGAAGAAUUGCCGCUUCCUGCAGGCCCCCGGCGGAAACGUCAAACCACACUCGUCCCGGAAGUACGUCGACCACAAGACCAUCAAGGGGAUGCGCGAGGCUGUCAAGGCCAACAAGGAGCACCAGACCGAGAUCACCAACUUCAAGAAGGACGGCAAACCCUUCGUCAACAUUCUCACCAUCAUCCCCAUCCAGUGGGAUACCCAAGAGUACCGUUACUCGGUUGGGUUCCAGCACCAGAAGGAGUAGGACAGCACACACAAAAACAUGUCCUUUCUGAUUCACAUUCAUCACAUGCACGCCACGAGACACGAGCCUCUUCUCCUACCUCACUCCGAGUUUUUUUUUCUACACACCAUUUCGGUGUCGGUGUCAAGCAGAUUGGAUAAACAAGGCAACAAAAACAGGUCGUCAUUUUUCAACGGAAAGCAUCCACAACGGCGUUACUGCUUCACCAACAGCUGCUCAGGCAGUUUGACCUUAUGGAGGUAAACAAAUAAAGGCAACAAUGGAGUUUCAAGCGGGCGCAUCUGCUCUGAGGCAGUUCUCAGCAUCACAGCAUACCACAACAGCAUUCACGGGAGUUUACUAGGCAGGCCUAUUGGGGUCACAGCAUUUCGGUUGUUCCCAUCUGACGGGACGGAGGCAUCAUUUUCUUUGCUCUUAGGCAUAGUGCUAUUAGGCUCCAACGAUACCCAUCUUUGUCAAAUUUUUCACAUCGUGUUAAAUUGCUCGCGUGUAAAAGAAAAAGCGCGAGGCAACAUGAAGUUUCAUGGCGAUGGCUUGACAUCGGCACACGUCAUCAUCCGAGCUCUCAGAUUGUAGGGAUCAGAUACAUAUAUACAAUUAUCUACUUCUGUCAAAGAUCCACAAAAAAACAAAUAUAGCUCGGGAAAAGCCAUAGUCGCAAUAGAUUUCAACGGACGUGUCUGGGCAGGCUCUUAGACUAGCCACAAAAGUACAAACAACCUCUUAGACGGACCUUAUCCCGAAAAUCUAUAUAUUUCUUCGGCGGGUCACACCACCGCGAUGUGGUUCAAAGUCUCCAACGACGUGAAUCGAGAGGUCUCAGGAGUCAGGAUAAUGAUGAAGGUGCCGAGACAAUUCGUGUCAACAUUUGUCCCGCAAGUGGGUUGAGUCCCAACCCGGGCAGGGCUUGUUCAAACCUCCCCCCCUCCGAUAAAGUUCGCAGCGGAGACGGUGUCGACAUCACGGUGGAUACAACACGGGGGCUUUCCGGUCCCAGCUCCCGCCGAGCCCUCCUGGACCGAUUUGAUGGAUCGUGAUCACAAAUCAUUGGCCGCCAUCCGGCCACGGGUGCUCUUUUGCCCCGUUAUCGCCCGCAGAACAUGUGGCCCAGGACGCCGCGAGAUCUGUCGGGCGUCGCAAGCCGCUUCCGUAAUAAAGGGGCUCCGAUAAUCUACCUGUCGUGUAUCGAUGCGGCUGCUGGUCCGGCCUCCCAUGAAUCGUCGUGGCGCCUCAGCCACCGGAUGCAACUUAUUGCUGCGCCUAUGAUAACUGGCCAUUCUGCCUGACUGCCUGCCUGCUUGUACAUCAUCCAGCGUAGAGCUCACGAGCAUCAUUGUUUUUCCUGACCCAGCCAAGGAAUACUCGGCAGAUCAGGGCGCUCAGGCGUUCGACGGAACCCCAGUGCAUGGCCGCCUCUGCUGUCUUGCUCUCCGAACCCCAUGGAUAACACUCAAGUAGACUUCCGCGACCUCGUUAAAGUCAUGCCGGGUCUCCAGACUGUUGCUUUUUGUCGGGGUGGGGGGAGCGCCAUGCUCGCAGAUCCAAAGCCUUGUCGCCGCCGGCGUUUUCACAAGGAGCCAGAGCCCAAGAAAGAGCCCCUGCUUCACCAGCACGUGCGUUUCUCUUGUCCACGGGUCCCCAAGAUAAACUCGUACGGUAUGCGACCAUUAAGGUUUCGCUUGCUCACUUCAGAACAAA